ACCUCUAGACCUGCAUGGCCAAAAUGCUCUGUUCCUUCUUCACCAACCCUAUAGCAAUCUCUGGCAGUUGGAAUUGCUUUUUUUUUGAUAUUUUUGAAAUUGAUUAAAAAAAAAAAUUGGUGUUAAAUAUAUAUGGUAUGGAUAAUAUUGGCCAUAUCAGGAAUGUGAUAAUCAUCGGCAGCAGAAGAAGCAGAGCAUCAGCAUCAGCAUCUGGGUUUUUAGAUUUUUCUGCAAUAUUUUUCCACUGACCACACCACACCACGUUCACACCCGCCACCCCUUUAAAAAUAUCGCUUUGCGCCCAACUUGUUUUCGUCGUCUCUUCUUCUCUACAUGGUCGUUUUUGCCCACCGCUUUUUUUGUGUAUAUAUAACGCUUUCUUAUACGAAAACCAGGAAAUUUAUAAAAAACCUCACCGCUCUCUUUUUCACUUACUUACUUUCACGUGCCCUGUGAGACACACAGACAGAGAAAGUCUACCUGGCUGUUCCAUUCCCAAGCGAGAGAUCCGCAUUUUGCUUCUUCACUAUUCUGUAAUGGCAAUAAUGGGUUCUUUUUUUCUGCAAAACGGGCAUAUAUGCCAGGGAACAAGUAUAACUGUAAUCCUUCCACACCCAGAACUAGAUUGGAAAGACUUCUGAGGGAAAGAGAGAGAAGGAAAUCAAUCCGCUCUUCCCAUUCAAAUGAAGAGCUAAGAGAUGGUAACAGACAGGCAGAAAAUGAUAGUGUCUUCAUUGUUGGCGAAAAUUUGAGUCUACCUUCUGAGAAAGACAGUUUGGAAGGAGGAGCAACAAGAGCUUUUUUCGAUGGAUGCGAAAGGCAAGAUGGACGGCCUUCUAAACAACGUUUGCUGGUGGUAGCCAAUAGGUUGCCUGUCUCUGCAGUUCGCAAGGGUGAGGACUCAUGGCAACUUGAGAUUAGUGUUGGAGGGCUGGUCAGUGCACUAUUAGGCGUGAAAGAGUUUGAUGCUAGAUGGAUCGGUUGGGCUGGCGUAAAUGUACCUGAUGAGAUUGGACAAAAGGCACUAACCAAGGCUUUAGCUGAAAAGAGGUGCAUUCCUGUAUUUCUUGACGAAGAGAUUGUUCAUCAGUACUACAAUGGUUAUUGCAACAACAUCCUGUGGCCUCUUUUUCAUUAUCUUGGGCUUCCACAAGAAGACCGCCUUGCAACCACCCGUAGUUUCCAAUCUCAAUUUGAUGCUUACAAGAAGGCAAACCAAUUGUUUGCUGAAGUAGUAAAUCAACAUUAUGAGGAGGGAGAUUUUGUUUGGUGUCAUGACUACCACCUAAUGUUUCUUCCAAAAUGUCUUAAAGAGUAUAACAGCAACAUGAAAGUUGGUUGGUUUCUUCAUACACCCUUUCCUUCCUCAGAAAUUCAUAGGACUCUGCCAUCUCGUUCAGAGUUAUUGAGAUCAGUUCUUGCUGCUGAUUUGGUUGGUUUCCAUACAUAUGAUUAUGCACGACAUUUUGUGAGCGCUUGCACUCGUAUUCUUGGGCUUGAGGGUACACCUGAAGGAGUAGAGGAUCAAGGAAAUCUUACUCGUGUUGCUGCGUUUCCUAUUGGAAUAGACUCUGACCGGUUCAUUCGAGCUCUAGAACUUCCUCAGGUCCAGAACCAUAUAAAAGAACUGAAAGAAAGAUUUGCUGGCCGGAAGGUAAUGUUGGGUGUUGAUCGUCUGGAUAUGAUUAAGGGAAUUCCGCAAAAAAUUUUGGCAUUUGAAAAGUUCCUUGAGGAAAAUCCAAACUGGCGUGAUAAAGUAGUUUUGCUUCAAAUUGCAGUACCAACAAGAACAGAUGUACCUGAAUAUCAAAAACUUACGAGCCAGGUUCAUGAGAUUGUGGGACGCAUUAAUGGCAGAUUUGGAACUCUUACCGCAGUUCCCAUACAUCACCUGGAUCGGUCUCUUGACUUUCAUGCACUGUGUGCACUAUACGCUGUUACAGAUGUAGCACUGGUUACGUCAUUAAGGGAUGGAAUGAAUCUUGUGAGUUAUGAGUUUGUCGCUUGUCAAGCAUCAAAGAAAGGUGUUCUCAUUCUAAGUGAGUUUGCAGGUGCAGCACAGUCUCUUGGUGCUGGGGCAAUUUUAGUUAAUCCAUGGAAUAUCACGGAAGUUGCUGCUUCCAUUGGUUAUGCUUUAAAUAUGCCAGCUGAUGAAAGAGAAAAGAGGCAUCAGCACAACUUCAUGCAUGUAACAACUCAUACGUCUCAGGAAUGGGCUGCAACCUUUGUAAGGUCAUUGUGGAAACUGAUGGAAAUUCCCAAAGUGAAUUUGAGUUUUGUUCUUCUUCGACAGAAAAGUGAACUCAAUGAUACCAUUUUCGAAGCUCAACUAAGGACUAGACAAGUUCCACCUUUACUUCCAAUCAAAGAAGCAGUUGAUCAUUAUUCACUAUCCAACAAUCGAUUGCUUAUACUGGGAUUCAAUGCGGCUUUAACUGAACCAGUGAAUGGCCUUGGGAGAAGGGGUGGACAAAUUAGAGAAAUGGAGAUUAAAUUGCAUCCACAGCUCAAAGAACCAUUGAAAAAGCUCUGUGCUGACCCAAAGACAACAGUAGUAGUCCUAAGCGGGAGUGACAGAAGUGUCCUGGAUGAUAACUUUGCUGAAUACAACAUGUGGUUGGCAGCAGAAAAUGGGAUGUUUUUACGUCUUACAAAGGGACAAUGGAUGACAACAAUGCCUGAAAAUUUAAAUAUGGAUUGGGUUGACAGCGUUAAGCAUGUUUUUGAGUAUUUUACUGAAAGAACACCUGGAUCUCAUUUUGAACUUCGUGAAACAUCACUUGUUUGGAAUUACAAGUAUGCAGAUGUUGAGUUUGGAAGGCUUCAAGCAAGGGAUAUGCUGCAGCAUCUCUGGACAGGCCCAAUCUCGAAUGCCUCUGUUGAUGUUGUCCAAGGUAGCCGCUCUGUGGAGGUCCGAGCUGUGGGAGUCACUAAGGGUGCAGCCAUUGAUCGGAUUUUAGGGGAAAUAGUUCAUAACAAAGGAAUGAAAGAUCCAAUUGACUAUGUCCUUUGCAUUGGGCACUUUCUACCUAAGGAUGAAGACGUCUAUACAUUUUUUGAGCCAGAGCUACCCUGUGAGCCACCAGUACCUGUAGGAAGAGCCAUGAUAGCCAACCCUGUAAUUCCAACUGUGCCAAGACCUUUAAGCAGCAAAGUUGGGUCCAUUUCCUUGCGGCUCAAGAAACAACGUUCUUUCACCAUAGAAAAGAAAGCGAAUACAAUUCAUGGGUGUCUGAAUCCAUGGAGGCCUACAUUGCGUGAUAGAAUGUCUUUGCAGGAGGGUUCUUCUGUGCUUGAUCUCAAGGGUGACAACUACUUCUCUUGUGCUGUUGGACGGAAACGAUCAAAUGCUCGAUAUCUCCUUGGAUCAAUAGACGAUGUUGUCACUCUCUUGAAGGAGCUGGCAGAAAUUUCUCCUGCUGUUGGUUGUACCAAUGCCUGAUUUCAUUGCUGCUUUCUAUGAGUCUCUGGGAACCAAGAUUUGGUAGUUUCCUCUACCUUCAUAAAGCACAGAAAGAAUUUCUUUACUAGCAGUUUCUGUUAAUGGUAGCUGAGUUAUAGACUUGCUUGGCUCCUUUUCACAAGCAAACAAGGAACUUUUCUGGGUUUCUGUUACUAGCAGCUAGAUGAUUUUGUUUCUGAGCCCAGAGGACUAAUCUAGCUAUAGAAAGUUACAUGAGAAAACUACCUGCUCGGCUUAUUACUUUCUUGUCUCAAACAAGAUUUUGGAAGAAAAGAAAGAAGAAUGAUAGGUAUCUCUUA